GCCAGCUCUAUUGCACCGGCGGGCCCGAUGAGAGGGCGCACAUGCGCAGACAGCGCCGGCGCCGUUCUCUUCCAAACAGACGAGAAAAUAAAGUGCGUGCGUGGGCUCGCGACGCGGAGGAAAGGGUGGCUGCGCACCGCUCGCCGAGACCGUGGGGGCGUUGGGCGAACCGCGGCUUCUUUCAUCAUCGAAACGGAACAUAAUCCUAAACCAGGUGGCGAAUGCGAGCAGGAUGAAGAAGACGCCCCCUAACAGGCGAGGCAUUACGUUUGAGGUGGGGGCGCAGCUGGAGGCCAGAGACAGCCUGAAAAACUGGUACGCGGCCAACAUCGAGAAGAUCGACUACGAAGACGAAAAGGUUCUCAUCCACUACCGGCAGUGGAGCCAUCGGUACGACGAGUGGUUCGACUGGGCCAGUCCGUACCUGCGCCCCCUCGAGAGGAUCCAGCUGCGCAGGGAGGGGCUGCAGGAUGACUGCACUAUCCCGGGUUUUCACGUGAACGAGAAGGUUCUGGCGAGCUGGUCCGACUGCCGCUUCUAUCCAGCCAAGGUCCUGGCGGUUAACAAAGAUGCUUCCUACACCGUGAAGUUCUACGACGGGGUCAUCCAGACGGUCAAGGGGAUUCACGUGAAGCCGUUCAUCAAGGAGAAGAAGGGCGGGAAGCAGAGGUCCGUGGAGCGGAACAAGCAGAAGCCUCCGGUGAGGAGGAAGCCCCUGGAGAACGGGGGGUCUUCCAAGAGCCGGAGGGGCCGGCGCGACGGCUCGGAGCAGGACGGGGAGAGCGAGACGGAGGAGGAAGAGGAGGAGGCCAGCGAGGACGAGGAGCAGGACGGGGAGGACGGCGGUGAGGAGAAACCACUGGGGGUCCAGCCUGAGCAGGAGGAGAAGGGAGGCAGCAGAUGGGAGAAGAGCAUGAAGAGGAAGGUGUGUGACGACGAUGUGAGGGAGGAGCCCAAGAGGAGGGUGGCAGAGAAGAAGAAACCGGCGGAGAAGAGCAGGAGGCAGGGGCCCGAGGCAGAGAUGAGCAUCGUGGAAAAGGAAGAGAAGGUUGACGGGGAGCUGGGUGUCGGAGAGAGGAAGGCCGGCCCGGUGGAGAGCCGAGAAGGGGGGGAGGAGGAGGAGGCAGCGGAGCGGGUGCCUGUGGAGGACCUACCUCAGGAGAGAGAGAGGAAGAUGAAGCAGGAGGAAGAGGAUGUGGCAGUGGAGCCUGCGGAGGAGGAGCAGCAGCAGCGUGGGGCGGGACAGGGUCGUACCCAGGGCAGGAAGACUCGCGGUAGGGUGUCUGCAGCGCGCCGGACCGAGGGGGCUAGUCGGGGCGUCCUGGAGCUGAGGAAAAGAAAGGUGUCCCUGGGUCAGACGCCCCCGUCAAAGAAGAGCAAACCGGACACGAGCGCAGAGAAGAGCGCUCCUGCCGACCCCUCCGUGGACACUCCCGCAAAGAGCCCUGCCCAGGCGGGACCCGGGUUGGAACAGAGGGGCUCCGAUGUGGCCCCCCACGAUGCGGAGAGGACAGCCCCCCCAGGUCAGACGGAGGGCCCCUCACCAGCCGGAGACACACCCCCGGUGCCCCCCAGCAAAGCGGCUCCUGCGAGGCGCCAGGCCAACAAUCCCAACAGGUUCAGCCGAGAGCCACUGUACCGAGUCAUAAAGAACCAGCCCCCUCCGGUCACGUUCAUCAACCUGGACCACAACCCGUUCAAGUGCCAGGUUGCCGGCUGCCUCAAGUCUUUCCGCAAGGCCAAGCUGCUGCAUUACCACAUGAAGUACUACCACAGCGGGGACGAGGCUCCCGGGCCGGAGCUGAGCCCCACACGGAGCGCGCACACCCGCACCUCUGACAAGCAGAGCGCCGCGUCGCCGGAGAGCCCCAGGAGAAGGCGCACCAUUUCCGCAUCAAUGCACUCCGCCCUGCACAGUCCUCAUCGCACCCCGCAGUCUCCCCGAGGUGACGCCAAGGGAGGAGCCAAGCCGGUGGAGAGGCGGCGCACAUCGGCGCCCCCCGCUGUCCACUUGCAGAACCAACACCGGCUGUCGCUGCGAGACAAGACCAAAGAGAGCCAGCUGGAGAGGGGGGGGCGACGGCCGCAGGAGAGGCUCCCCGCGGAGACGGCCUUCGCCAAGGAGAGGGACAGAGCGAGGGAGAAGAAGCAGCGGGACUUCCUCCGCAUUAAACUGAAAAAAAGGAGGAAGAAGAAGCCAAAGUCAGACGAGGCCAGUGGGAGCGACACCUCCACCGACAGCCUUGGGUGGAGCGACGAUGACCUGGGGGAGGAGCUGGAUGUGACGACGCCCCCUGAGGAGCUCCCUGUCGCUAUGGGGACCAGGGGCUCUGACAUCAUCCGCUGUGUGUGUGAGGUGGAAGAGGACAAUGACUUCAUGGUGCAGUGUGAGGAGUGUCUGUGCUGGCAGCACGGGGCCUGCAUGGGUCUGCUGGAGGAGAAUAUUCCGGGGAGGUACACGUGCUACAUUUGCAGAGACCCUCCAGGCCAGCGCCAAAGCCAGCGGUACUGGUGUGACCGUGACUGGCUGAGCAGCGGUCACAUGUAUGGCCUCCCUUUCUUGGAGGAGAAUUACUCACACCAGAACGCCAAGAAGAUGGCUGCUACACACCAGCUACUGGGUGACGUGCACCGUGUCGUCGAGGUGCUCAACGGCCUGCAGCUCAAGAUGAGCGUUCUGCAGAGCCAGACCAACUCGGACUUGAAACUGUGGCGCCAACCCUGGAAGCAGUCCGAGAAACCUAAGCGGAAGGGUGUAGUCAGGAGCGGUACUGUGCCCUCUCUGCUGACGGAGGAGGGUGAGGACAGGGGCGGGGCCAGUCGGAACAGUCCCACGGUGGAUGCUGGCCCGUGCGGCGGGGUCUUGCCCCCACAGCAGGCCUCUUACAUUAGCAGCGAGCACUGUUACCAGAAGCCACGUACGUACUACCCGGCCGUGGAGCAGCGGCUGGUGGUGGAGACGCGGGCUGGUGGCUCGGAUCUGGAGCACAGCCUGCGCAGCACCGAGGACCUGCUGGCCCUGGAGCGCAACUACGGCACCCUGCUGGACCCUGACACCGGGAGGACCCGUGGAGCCCUGCAAGCAGACCGGAUCCCCCAGAGCAAGGAGGUGGAUGGCUGUAAGCGGCUCCCGGUGGGGCAGUGCUGCGAGGUGAAAAGCGAGGACCAGGGGUGUGGGGCUGGCGGCCUCCGGCAGCAGUGGCAGGCCAACCUGUUGGACCACAUUGAGGCGGUGCAGGACGAGGUCACGCAUCGCAUGGAUUUUAUUGAGAGGGAGCUGGAUGUGCUGGAGAGCUGGCUUGAUUACACAGGAGAACUGGAGCCUCCCGAACCCUUGGCCCGUUUGCCCCAGCUCAAGCACCGCGUCAAGCAGCUGCUGUCCGAGCUGGCCAAGGUGCAGCAAAUCGCACACUGCUGUGCCACGUGAGGGUGCCGCAGAGCCACAGCACCCUUCUUCCUUCCACCCCCGCGCCUUCACACUGCGAGCCAGACUACCCCACACAGAGCUGAAGAACAAAACCAUACAGAUGGUUACUUGUGAUGUUCAGCAGGCACAAGAACUUGGCACUUCUGUUUGGCCAGCUACAAGGUGGGACAGGGAGAGAUGGGAGGAGCUUUAGGGUGUGGUGGGUGAGGUUUAUAACAAAAUGCCAAGUGACUUUCCAGGGGAGUGUACUGUACUGUGGCCACCUAAAGGGAAAACCAUUAAAAACUUAAUGCAAACUACAGGCUCUUUAAGGCUGCUGGCCCUGCAAAUUUUUUUUUUUUUCUUCCCCCCCCCUCCACCUUUCUCAUCACCAGUAACAUGCCUCCCUCUACCCAAAAUAAACUGGUGAUGUCUUCAGAAGCUUUCUUUGUCCACAAUAACAGUAGACUGAAUUGAAAGGACCCCAAGAACAGCUUUGUUCUAAUUGUUAAAAUUUUUAUUUUUCAAAAUCCUGGAAAUACACACCCAUGAAUUGGAUCUUGUUUGCGCCUGCUAAUGGCAACCCCUGCAUUAAAAGUACCAGGCUGAUGUUUGGACCUGUGCUUCUAUAUACAUUUUGGAUCUACCAAAGUUUCAUCACUUGUACUUCAAAGGAAGUUGGAAAUUAACAGUAUUGACUGUAUUACCAUGACAAAGUUCUGCUUGUAACUCCAAAAAAGGAAACUGGUGGCAUUUUGGAUAAUUGAACAUGAGCUGGUCACACACUACUGGGCUCCUUCUGUGACAUUAAGGGAAAAUUUGAGAAAAGGUUAGCUAGCUUUUUGGAUAUACUUUAAAACAUACAUUUAAGUUGGCAGCCAACUCUUCUGUAGGGCUUGUAUAAAAACAUGCCUUGUGUUGUAUACUGUAGCUUAAUGAAAAGCCUCUUAAAAGGUGGAUGUCCUGAGGAGAAUGGGUAAAGACUGUGUUUGACUCAUGAGUGUCUCGUCACCUGAAAUUUUUUUUUUUUUUUUUUUUUUUCCUUCUUCCUCCGGUUCUUUUGUUCCAAUAUUGUUUAAAUGAGCUGUUGGUAGAAAACGCCAUCUUUCUUUUUGUGUGUGGGGAAAUGCCUUUUGUCUUGCUUUGUUCUACAGUAACUUGACAGGCACAAUAAAUGAUUGUUUACAGUAUCUCCCUAUUGAUAGAGGGUUCUCAACAUGUUAACCUUUUUACUAUGACAUCCAUUUGUCAAGUUUAUUUUAAAUAUGUUCAAUAGAGUUGUGGUUUGUGUGUAUAUAGAAGGUGGAGUCACUGUACUGUCAUUGUCUUCUAGUCACAUGUAAUUUAUUUCAAAUGGACAUCGUUAAUUUAUUUUUCAUCCCAUAUUGUGCAACAUACCCCAUGAAAACGGGUGAGCUCUCCUACGAGCAAAUGACUGGUUCUUACAUGUAGGAAAUGCUGUUGUAUUACGCAAGUCAAACUUGUACAACCAGCUGGAUUUACAACCAGGCAAAGCGAGGAGAGAUUCAACUCCUAAUAAUGUUUAGGAUUGAAUGGUGGGAAGACAACUGCUUUGGGGAAAUUGCAGCACAGCAAAGUGAGCCCUGGGUUGAAGUCCUGAUGGGUUUGCUCCCAUGACCGCUGUGGACUGUUCAUAAUCAAAUGACUGUACGCUUGGCCUUUAACAAUCACUUCUGGACUACAUAUUAAAUCUUCCUUCCAAAGAGGCAUUCCUUACCUUCCACUGCAGUGAAAGUUUCAAUUUGUUCUUGUGCAGAUUUUUACUUAGUCCCUCUGCGUUGUGUUGCUCAGUUUCAGUGUACUGAAUCAUGUAACAUUUGGAAUGGUGCAGUUAUUGCACUUACCCACAGGGAAAAGGUUUCAUCUCAUUUCAACAUUAGUUUGGCAAAGUCCUGAAACAAGUGUCAUGCUCUGUAUGUAUUUCCUGUAUGUUUCUUCUGUUGGAUCGAUCAGCUGCUGAGGGCCUGUAUGUCUCUCUUGAAUUAUCCCAUUUUUUUUUGUGAUCAAUUCUCUGUUUGUUCAGCUGGAAUCACUACUGAUGAUCAAAAUUUUUCAAGUUCGACAUUCUCGUUUGAUGCAAGAAAAUAAAAUCUUUUUCAUAA